UGUUUUCGUCUUAAAUCACCGAGGAAUCAAAAAAUAAUCGUCGUAAUUGAGUCGACUCUGUCCGGCAGACUCACCUGUUGUCGCUUCGUGCUUGACAGACGACUAAGGAGCAGCUUAGCAGGCGGUCGACGGAGAUGGAGGACCCUGGAGGUACUGGAGCUGAGUCUGUGGCUCCUUCACCAGGAGGCGCAGCCAAGUCAAAGCUGGACACCCUGUCCAAAGAUGACCUCAUCAAGUUUGCCAAAAAGCAGAUGGCUGCCAUGCAGAAGAUGAAAAGCAAAUGUGCAGAUUUGGAAAAGGAAGUCGAAUCCGUCAAACAGCAAUGCAAGAACAGCAGCAGCAGCUCAGAGGACUCCUCUUUGAUACAGGAGCUGACUGAGAGGAUGGACGCCUUACUUCUGGAGAAGGCAGAAACUCAGCAAAGCCUUGCAAUGUCUCGUAAAGAUUUGGAGAAAACUAAGCAGCAAGCAAAGGAGGAUCUAGCAGCGCUGCAAGGUGAGCUUGACCGUGUGACAGAAGACCACCAAAGGAAGAUCAAAACCCUGGAGAGCAGCAUUGAGGAGUCCCAAAGCAAACACCAAGAAGAAGUCGCUCAUUUCCAGAAGUUACUGAAAGAGCGAGAAGUGAGUGACAGAGAGAGGGACAGUGAAAGAGAGAGGGAGCGCCAGGCAGAUUCCGCCAGUGCAAAAGAGAGUGUAGAAGAAGUCAGACGUUCCUUAGAAGCUCAGCUGGAAACCCUUCGAGGUGAACUGCAAGCGAUCCAAGAACGAACUUCCCAGGAGAUGGUUGAGCUGCAGGAGAGCCACCAAAGAGAGCUGACUAAAGCCCAGCAGGAGGUGGAGAAUCUGAAGGGGGAUCUGGCUCAGAAGAGUCUGCAGCACGAGGAGGAAAUGAGAGCUCUGGAGGAGGACUGUGAGAUUGAGAGGGAGCGUCUCUUGUUGCUCCACGAGGAGCUAACCGAGCAGCUUGCUCUCAAAGAGAGCUACCUGCAGGAUGUGCAAGAGGAAGAUGAGGAUCCUGCUCGUAAUUCAGGCAUCGCCAAAAUGCUGGAGCUGUCCGGCUGCAGUCAGGCUGAGUCCAGCCCGGAUGAUGCAGAGGAGACUGAGACCAGACGACUGAAAGUGACGCUGGAUGAUCUUCAAGCCCAAAACACCAUGUUACAGGAUGAGCUCACCCUGCUUACUAAUGUGAAGGGUGAGCUUGACUCAGAGCUGGAGAGAGUCAAGGAGGAGUUCCAGAUGGAGAGAGAAGAGCUGGAGUUUAAAAUAAACGAGAUGCAGAUGACCAAGGACAGUGCUCUCGCUGAACCGGCAGUGACCCUGGGUCCUGAUCAACAAGAAGUCCUUGGAGAAUCCAAGGAGUCAGUAAUCAGUGCAGCCCAGGACCAGAACUCCCUCAAUCCAGAGGAGCAGCAGAAGAUGAACCAGGAGCUGAGGAGCCAGUGUGAGGCCUUAACCAGAGAGAGAGACUCGGCCCUGGCUGAGUGCCACCACAUGAGGGACAUACUUCAAAGUGUGGAAACAGAACUGGGUGAGAAGACAAAAGAUUUUGUUGAACAGUACAAAGCCAUGAAGGAACAGGGAGCUAAUGCUGUACGAGACCUCCACGAGAAGAUCGAACAACUCAACCAGGAGAGGGAUGAACUGUUGGCAAGAGUGAACAGCGUUACAGAGGAGAAAAACACUUGGAUGGAAAGUGUGCAUGACCUGAAGCUGAAGCUUGAGGGUUCCUCCUCUGUAGAGGAACAAACAACAUUAGCCUCUGAACUGAAGCAGUCUGUGGCAGACCUGACCCGGCAGAAUGAGGAAAUCAUCUCCAAACUGGCGAUGGAGGAGAACAUGACUCAAGAUCUGAAAGAAAUGGUCAACACACUGACUGAAGAGCGAGACAAAACACAGAACCUGCUAAAGCUCAGAGAAGAGGAAAUCCAAACGCUGAACGAAGAGAGAACAAAAGAAAUCGAGAAGCUGCAGGAGGAGAAAGACAAAAAGGCACUUUUGCUGAGAGAGGAAAACGAGAAGGAGCUGAAGAACUUGAAAAUAGAAACACAGAAUGAAGUGCAACAUCUAAAGGAGCAGCGAGAACAGAUGGAGGAAAGACUGAAAGAGGAGAUAAAAAGACGUGAAGAAACAGUUUCUGCGUUGGAGGAGACGACCAAAGAGCUCUCCACAGAAAAGACUGAUCUCCAUCAGAAGCUGGAAGAGGCUUCCACUGGUCUCUCUAAGGCCCAAGAGGAGAAGGAGCUUUUAGGCUCCAAGCUUGCAGCCCUGGAGGCUCAGCUGGAGCAGGAAGCAUCUGAAAAGCAACACCUUGAAGUGAAGUUAAAUGCACUGACAGAGGAGGCCGAACAGGCCCGUGCCUCCAUCCAAGCACUGAAGGAAGAUCAUUCUGAAGUGCUUCAGAAGUCCACCGAAGAGGCUGAAGAUCUCCGAACACGUGUUGAGGAGCUGGAGAAGGAGAGGAGCCUGUUGAAGAGAAGCCUUGUAGAAACUCAAGGAGAGGGAGGAUCGGACGAGGUGCUAAAGGAGUUCCAGGCUCGCAUCAGUGACCUGGAACAGGAAAGAGACAUGUUGAGAGCCAACCUGGAGGAGGUCGUGAAGGAUACUGAAGGGCUGCAGAAAGACCUGCAAGAUAUGAAGUCGGUUAACGAGAAGUUUAGUGAUGAGAACCAAAACCUACAGGCUCAAAUAUCUCUGAUGACUAAGUCUGAAGAAGAGAAACAGGAGAUGGAGGAAGAGAGCAGAGAGUUCAGAGAGCAGCUGACGGAGAAGGACUCCCUCAUAUCACAGCUGAGGAGUGAAAUGGCUGCUCUGCAGUCGCCCUCUCAGGACUCCACCGCUCAGUCUGCUUCCUCUGAGGAAAAUACAGCCGAUGAGAUCAUAAAGAAAAUAGCUACCCUGGAGAAAGAAAGCAAAGAAAAGGAUGAAAAAAUGAAUAAAAUCAAGGCGGUCGCCGUUAAAGCAAAGAAGGAGCUGGACAACAGUAAGAAAGAGGUUGCAACCCUGAAGGAGGAAAUUGAGUCACUGAAAGCAGAGAGGGAGAAAGUGAGCAGCUCUAUGAAGGACAUCAUCCAUGGUGCUGAAGGCUACAAGAACCUGCAGAUAGAUUACGACAAGCAGACAGAGCAACUGGAUAAGGAGAGAGAGAAGGUGGAGGCGGCGGAGAGACAGAUUGCUGAGCUGACCAAACGACUCAGCAGUGCUGUCACACAGAUGGAGACACUGAGCAGUGAGAAGGAGGACCUACUGGCCGGUAUGGAGACCGUGAGGAGCGCAGUGAGGCAGCUGGAGACCAAGAACCAGGAGCUGCAAAGACAGUCAGCAAGUCUGGAUAAAGAGCUGCUGGCUGAGAAAGCUAUAAAAGAACAAAAGCUGAAGGACUUGUCAUCUGCCAUGAAGGAAGUAGAAGAGCUGACAGCUCAGCUCCGCAAGCAGCAGCAACAGUCUCAGCAGACUGCCCAGGAGCUGGAGCAGCUACGCAAGGAAGCACAGCAGAGCUCUCUGCUGGACAUGGAGAUGGCUGACUACGAACGCCUUGUAAAGGAGCUCAACGCCAAACUCUCCGAGAAAGACGAGUGUGCUGAGGAGCUAAAGACUCAGAUAAACACGCUCAGCCAGAAGGAGGAAACCCUCAAAGAGGAAAUUGAGGCUUUGAAGUCCCAGAUGGACCAGAGGGAGGAGAAGACCUCUAAGAUGAAACAGCUGCUGGUGAAAACCAAAAAGGACCUGGCCGACUCCAAGAAACAGGAAAGCUCCCUCAUGAUGCUGCAGGCCUCUCUGAAAGGAGAGCUGGAGGCUCACCAGCAGCAGCUAGAGAAUUCUAAGAUUGAGGUGUCUGAGCUGACAGCAGAGCGCCAACGUCUGCAGGAGCAGCUGAGGUCUGCGUUGGAACAGCAACAAAGAACCAGCAGCUCCCUGCAGCAACGCAUCCACAGUCUGCAGCAGGAGAGAGACACCGCCAAGGAUGAGCUCGUGGCCACAACAGGCGAGUUCGAGAGUUACAAGGUGCGAGUCCACAAUGUGCUCAAACAGCAGAAGAGCAAAACCACCACCCAAAGUGAGGGAGACGCUGGUAAACUAGAGAGGGAGCAGCUGUCCUCUCAGGUAGAGCAGCUGAGGACCAGGCUGGCAGAGAGCCAGCAGAGUCUUCAGAGCAGCACCGCAGAGCUGCAGCAGCUCCAGACCGAACACGACACCCUGCUGGAGAGACACAACAAAAUCCUCCAGGAAACCGUCAGCAAAGAGGCUGAGCUCCGUGAGAGGCUUUUGUCAUUGCAGUCAGACAACGUGGCCUUGCGGUCGGACCUGUCCCAGGCUCAGGCCGACUUGUCCUCCCAAGUGGAGACCCAGCGUCAGACCUACAGGGAGCAGCUGAGGAAGCUGCAGGAUGACCACCGGGCCACGGUGGAGACCCUGCAGGGCCAGCUGACCCGGGUUGAGGAGCAGCUCUUCAACCUGCAGAGCCAGAACAGUUCGGUGGCGGUCCAGUCCAGCCGUAAGCCCCUCGCAUCAGACCCCCAGCGCAGAAACACAGACCAGAACCCGGUCGGUUUGGGACUUGUGGCCCUCAGCGAUCUCCAGUCGAUGGCCAGGGAGGAGGGUGAAGGCAUGGAGACCACUGAGACCGAGAGCUCCUCCCCUGCUCUCACACCCCUCCCCUCUCUGGAGCAGCUCCUCACAUCCCCAGACCCCAAACAAGAGCCGUUUGUUUGGACAGUGGAGCCAACCAAAGAAGAGCUGAGUGAAAAGCUGAGCACAGCCACCCGCAGCAUGGAGCACAUGAACAGCCUGCUGCAUGAAACUGAGGCCACCAACGCUGUUCUCAUGGAGCAAAUCACCGUAUGUAUAUAUCCACACACAAACACAAAACACAAUG